UCAAGAUCUCAUUUUCUCCUUGUUCAUCUCUCGUCAUCAUCGGCUGCCAAAUUUUGUUCUCUUAAUUCUUGCUCAGUGAACAGAUUUCCGAACUUUCUACCACUUUCGGAUCCCUCUUAAUGCAAAGUUAGGUUUUUAUUUUGUUUAUUAUAUUGCUUGGAUCCUAAGCAAAAACAGAAGAAAUGAAGAAACCCAAAUCGUCGAAAGUGGAAAAAAUCGACAAGCUUGAUCUGUUCUCCUCACUAUGGAAGCAGAGAUCGGUUCGUGUAAUAAUGGCAAUUGGGUUUCUCUAUCUGCUAAUUGUCUCAGUAGAGAUACCACUCGUAUUCAAAUCCUGGUCGAGCAGCUCCGUUUCCAUUGAUUCUCUUUCCCGGCUCGACACCGAGCAAGAGCCCGAAGUCGAGAAAAUCCCUAAUCCACCAUCGAAGACAGUUUCUUACGACCCGACCAUAAACCGGACGGACCAGAACAAGGUCCGUGAACAUCACCGAGGUCUUCUCUCAAGCUUGAGAUUUGAUUCGGAAACUUUCGACCCGAGUAGUAAAGACGGGUCAGUGGAGCUUCACAAGUCAGCUAAAGAAGCUUGGCAGUUAGGUCGCAAGCUGUGGAAGGAGCUUGAAUCAGGAAGGCUUGAGAAGUCAGUGGAGAAGCCUGAGAAGAACAAAUCAGAUUCGUGUCCACACUCGGUUUCCUUAACCGGGUCAGAAUUUAUGAGCCGGGAGAACAAAUUGAUGGAGCUGCCGUGUGGUCUGACAUUGGGCUCGCACAUAACCUUGGUAGGGAGGCCGAGGAAAAGUUAUCCCAAGGAAGGAGAUGGUUUCAAGUUGGUGUCUCAGUUUGUGAUAGAGCUUCAAGGUUUGAAUUCUGUUGAAGGAGAGGAUCCUCCUCGGAUCUUGCAUUUCAAUCCGAGGCUAAAGGGAGAUUGGAGCCGGAAACCGGUGAUUGAGCAGAACACUUGUUAUAGAAUGCAAUGGGGAUCUUCACAACGGUGUGAAGGAUGGAGGUCAAGAGCUGAUGAAGAGACUGUUGAUAGUCAUGUUAAGUGUGAGAAGUGGAUCCGUGAUGAUGAUAACUACUCAGAAGGAUCGAGGGCAAGAUGGUGGUUGAAUCGACUAAUAGGACGGAGAAAAAGGGUCAAAGUAGAAUGGCCGUUUCCUUUUGUAGAAGAGAAGCUGUUUGUUCUCACUCUUAGCGCUGGUUUAGAAGGUUACCAUAUCAAUGUUGAUGGACAGCAUGUUACAUCUUUCCCUUACCGCACUGGUUUCACACUCGAGGAUGCAACAGGGCUAACCGUUAAUGGAGACAUUGAUGUCCAUUCUGUUUUUGUUGCCUCUCUGCCAACAUCACAUCCAAGCUUUGCUCCCCAAAGGCAUCUCGAGUUGUCAAGGAGAUGGCAGGCCCCUUUAGUUCCUGAUGGGCCUGUGGAGCUCUUUAUCGGCAUUCUUUCCGCAGGCAAUCAUUUCGCUGAGCGGAUGGCCGUGAGGAAGUCCUGGAUGCAGCAUGUUCUUAUUACAUCUUCAAAAGUUGUUGCUCGUUUCUUUGUGGCACUCCAUGGGAGGAAGGAGGUGAAUGUGGAAUUGAAGAAAGAAGCAGAGUAUUUUGGAGACAUUGUACUUGUUCCUUACAUGGAUAGCUAUGAUCUUGUCGUACUGAAAACUGUUGCCAUAUGUGAACACGGAGCUCUUGCAUUCUCUGCAAAGUACAUAAUGAAGUGUGAUGAUGAUACAUUUGUAAAACUUGGCGCGGUAAUCAAUGAAGUGAAAAAAGUACCCGAAGGUAGAAGCUUGUACAUUGGUAACAUGAAUUACUACCACAAACCUCUCCGUGGGGGUAAAUGGGCAGUCACAUACGAGGAAUGGCCAGAGGAGGACUAUCCGCCCUAUGCAAAUGGACCCGGAUAUGUUUUAUCUGCUGACAUUGCACGCUUCAUCGUGGAAGAGUUUGAGAGACACAAACUACGGCUGUUCAAGAUGGAGGACGUUAGUGUGGGAAUGUGGGUGGAGCAAUUCAAAAACACAUCAAACCCAGUGGAUUACAGACACAGUCUGAGAUUUUGUCAGUUUGGUUGUGUUGAGAACUACUACACAGCUCAUUACCAGUCGCCAAGACAGAUGAUAUGUUUAUGGGACAAGCUCUUAAGACAGAACAAGCCAGAGUGUUGUAACAUGAGAUGAUUAUUGAGGGAAACAGUUACGUUUGCUGAUAUAUAUAACAUGCUUUCAAGCGUGCUGUAGAACGCCUAGACAGAUUAAGGAACCAAUUUUGCAAGCUCACCAAAGAGAGACUCUUGACUUCCGUUCGAUUGGUCUGCGAGCUUCAAGCCUUCUAAUCUGUAGAAGAAAUGGAGAAGAGUAGGGAAGAAGGCAUAUAGUCUUACUGUAUGAAUUAAUUAAUUUAUUUUCAUAUGUAUAAAACCCAUCUCUUAAUCUAAA